AAUAAAGCAAAACCCAAGACAAGGCUUGUUAAUUUAUGGGAAACAAUUCAUAGGAAGCGGUGUGGAAUACGUCGUUUGUAUGUAAAUAUGGCACUCUUGGCUCUCCAUACCCGCCCCAUCGUCCCGCAUCCACGCGAUAUGUCACAAAAAUCACGCGGUACUGCCCACUUGUUUAUUCCCGAAAGAUGGCGGCGGCGCCUCCGGAUGAGGUUAGCCUGCAGUCUCGAAUCAACAAGGCCACCAACCCCCUGAACAAGGAGAACGACUGGGACGGCAUCAAGGGCUUUUGUGAUCAGCUCAACAAUGAACCAGAGGGUCCCCAGCUGGCUACCAGACUUCUGGCCCACAAAGUCCAGUCUCCUCAGGAGUGGGAGGCCAUGCAAGCGCUUAUGGUUCUUGAGACGUGCAUGAAGAGCUGUGGAAAGCGAUUUCACACCGAAGUGGGAAAGUUUCGCUUUCUCAAUGAGCUCAUCAAGGUGGUGUCACCCAAGUAUUUAGGCACCCGGGCUCCAGAGGCAGUGAAGAAGAAGGUGUUAGAAAUGAUGUACAGCUGGACAGUGAAGCUGCCGGAGGAGACCAAGAUAGCAGAUGCUUAUCAGAUGCUGAAGAAACAGGGUAUUGUCAAGCAGGAUCCUGUGCUUCUUGACGACAAGCCCCUCCCACCCCCUCCACCCAGAGCCAAAAGUGACAUCUUUGAGGAUGAGGAGAAAUCCAAGACGCUGUCACGCUUAUUGAACAGCACGCAGCCAGAAGAUCUGAGGGCAGCAAACAAGCUCAUUAAGGAAAUGGUCCAGGAAGACCAAAAGCGAGUGGAAAAGGUGUCAAAGCGAGUGAUCGCCAUCCAGGAGGUAAAGGAGAGUGUCAGCCUGCUGAGCCAGCUGCUGGAGGGCUACAGCAAGGAGAGCUGCUCCCCGAGCAACCAGGAACUCAUUAAGGACCUGUACCAGCGCUGUGAAAAGAUGAGGCCCACGCUGUUCCGACUAGCCAGCGAUACGGAGGACAGCGACGAAGCCCUGGCGGAUAUAUUACAGGCCAAUGACAGCUUGACGCAGGUCAUCAAUCUGUACAGACAGCUGGUGAAGGGGGAAGAAGUGACAAAAGACGGCUUGACCGCGCCCUCGCAACCAGGCAGCAGUAACUCAGCGCUUGUAGACCUGAUGGGGCUGAACGCAGCAGCCAACCCAGAGCCCUCCAGCCUACAGAGCCUGACUCAGAGCAUGGGCAUCAGCCUUUUGGACGAUGAGCUCAUGUCUCUGGGAUUGAAUGUAACGGAAAACUACGACUCCCAGAACUCUUUUCAGUCGUCUGAUGGCACAGAAUCGUCCGCCCCGUCGGCGCCAGCUGCAGUGUUGCUGCCGGCCGUGGUCCAAACGCAGCAGGCUCCACCAGAGGGGGGCUCCACUUCUCCUCCGAAAGCCAUGGAGGAGCUGGAUUUGCUGGGGAAAACGCUGCUACAGCAGUCCUUACCUCCGGAGAGCCAGCAGGUCAAAUGGGAUAAGAUUCAACCUCCGUCCAGAGUGACUUUACGAGAUCUCCAGACGAGGUCCAGCACCGGCUCCAGACCUGCUCCUCCUGCAAACGCCGCCUCCUCCGUCGCUGCUCCUGCUCCAGGCUGCACAUCCAGCCUGUCUGUGCCACCGGAGCAGCCCGACGCGCUCCUCCUCUCCAACCUCGGUCUCACAGCCGCCGGUGACCUCUACGACAGCAUCUCUCUGUCUGAUGUUACUGUGCCCCUGGAAUCAAUCAAACCCAGCAGCCUAUUACCAGUGACUGUAUUCGACAAGCACAGUCUCCGGGUCUUUUUCACCUUUGCCCGCGACUGUCCCCUGUCCCGGCCAGAUGUGCUGGUGGUGAUCAUCUCCAUGCUGUCCUCCGCCCCCAUUCCGGUCACCAACAUCCGCUUCCAGGCAGCUGUGCCCAAGGUGAUGAAAGUGAAGCUGCAGCCUCCCUCUAGUACUGAGCUCCCAGCCUUCAAUCCCAUCCUGCCUCCAGCCGCCAUCACACAGAUCCUGCUCCUGGCUAACCCACACAAGGAAAAGGUACGUUUGCGGUUCAAACUGACAUUCAACCUGGGGGACAAAUCUCACGAUGAGUCUGGUGAUGUGGACCAGUUCCCCCCUCCAAACACCUGGGGGAACCUUUAGUGAGCGGCGCCACCCACCUGUCAUCUGAUCUGCUGCUUCCCUUAAGAUUUAGGUUGAAGUUGUCCCUCAUCUCUGGCAGAGGCCUCGUCACGCGACGGCGGUUUCAAACGUUCGGUGAGAGAAAAACUGACGAGACCAGUCGUGGGAGCCAUUUUCUGCCUUGUGCCUUCCUUCACAGCCUUCCUGUCCUUUAUUCCAUCAUGUCCACGUCCCUGUGAUUUGUAGCUACUUUCUCUUCUUCCUUCAAUCAGCACAGAGAUUUAUUUAGCAAAAACUGUCGGAAACAUUGAGCGAGUUGAGCCUUUUGAAAAACCGAAUGUGUGCAUUUGUCUGAUUUACAUACGGCUCGUUCCAUGUCAUAUGAAUUAUGUAACAGCUGGUGUCUGACUUUUUUGUUUGUUUGUUUUAUGCAACCCAUGAAGGAGGAGGUGUCUGAUGCAAACCUAACUUUGGAUUCAAAAUGAGUGUUGUCACAAUUGUGUUUAUGAUUUGACUGUUCAGUCUUUUUUUUUCUGUCAAAUCCAUUAAUACUGUUUCUCAAACUCGUAGUCAGCCAACUGCCAAAAAGCAAUAUUUUAUUUAUGCUAACAAUCCUACCAAAGCCUAAAACUGAAUGCAUUCACUCCUUGAUAUUGAAUAAUGGCCCUCUUACCUGAUCAGAGAUGGAAUUAUUUUCCUAGAAAAUAGCACAAUUUCCACCUCACUAGAAAUCCUCUCAAAGAGAACUGUUGUUUAUUGUCCAAGCAGUCAGAAAUGAUCAGACUUGAUGUUACUGUCUACUCCACUCUUUCUAAUCAUUGCAGCCGUUUUGGUGGAGACGGUUCAGAAUAUGAGGAAUCAAUCUGUAACGCUGUAAUACCUGUAAAAGAACUGGGAGGUCCAAAUGAUCCAAGGAGCAUAGAUAAUGAAUUAGUACAUGUUUUAAUAUAUUCCAUCUUUUUUUAAGUGUUGCAGUUGUCCAUGUAAACAAUGACAUUGGUGCAAGGAGUCAGGUUGCAGCUAAAUGGAAUUCAGCCAACAUCAAUUUAUUUUUAAUACCGAAGCUUUUCCUACUGUGAUGCGUCAGAUUGUCUCCUGUGGAAAAAGGCCUAUGAAGGAACGGCACUAAAUCUCUGCCCCUUUACGAUUUAGUUUUUUUGUUUUUGCACUUUUCUUUGUGAUCAAUAGUGGGACUCUUGUUUCACUCAGGAUUUUGAUUUGGAGAUUUCCUCCUCCUUGCUCAACAUGCAGUUAUUGUCUUUGAAUUUUUUGCACAUGAAAUCAUUCCAUUCCGAAGAAUCUCGUUUUGUUUUGUUUUGUUUCUUUGCCUUUCUACUGUGACGGACAUGUGAAGUCCUGAGCUGACGUCACUGACAUCCAGUUUGAUUCUACCACAUGUGCCUGAGAUGGAACUUUUGAUUUUCUUUUGCUUUGUACAUAUAUGUAUACAAAUGACUGGUUUGCUCUUUG